GCUCGUUUGCAUUUUGCUUCAGACCCUAAAUGUCUACAUACAAUUCUUGUAAUCGAUGCAGGCUACGAUAACAGACACGUUAAACAUGAAACAGCACAUAGUAGUAAAAGUGAAUCAACAUCUGACUCAAUAUCCCGCCUUCAGAAUAUCCGUAUGCUUGCUGACCCUAACCAGUUAGUUGCGGCCAAUUCCGAUAACAUAUUGAACGAGAGUUUGGAUCAGGCUAGAUUCAAUUUAGCCACACAUGUUAUGUCGAAUGGAGUAGAGCUCAUAAUUGCAAGCGAUAAAAUCAAGCAUAUUGAUAAACAAGCGUCAUCAAUUCGUAGCUCGUCGAUUAGUCUGCCAUCGAGGAAUGUUCAACAGAAACCUAUCACUCUUGCACCCAGUACACUUAAGAAUCAUAUGCUCCUGACAGAGCCUACUGUUAGACAGGAGAAUUUCUCGAUUCCAAUUGAAGAAAACCAAUUUAUUACAAAGACGUGCCUAACCACCUAUACAUAUCAUACCACAUACCUUAACAAGGGAAGCACUACAGUGGAAAGUAGAGAAAAGGUCAUAUUAAAUCGCCAAACGGAGGAGCGCAAAUUUUUGCGCGCAAGCAGCAAAUUGUCGCUUGGCGUAACUCUUUCAAAUACACCCGAACUAGCGGUGGGAAUAUUUCCAACAACAUACCAUUAUUAUAAUUCAAUUAAAAACAACGACUUUGUUAUCCGAUCAAGUUACACAAUAAUUAAUACAGUGACUGGGCCGGAGGAUUAUAUUUCGUAUCUGCAGCCUUCAGAAGAUGCAACUCCUCUUUUAGAUACAAAUACAUACUACAGUCCAUUGAAUGUAAUAAGAACACAUCUAGAUGAAGUGAACUCAACGAGAAUUCUAGAAGAUGAAAAUAUUUUGACACAAGUUGUCAUCACGGAAUCUAUUCCGCCACGAGGUGCAUCGGAGUUAAAAAAUCCAGGGUCUCUUGCAGCAGCUAGCGAAAUGGAUGAAGUCCAAAUUUAUGCAACGAAAACUUAUUUGACAACAGUUACAUACCACUUGUCAACAGCUUUAGGCUUAAAAUCUGAAGGACAGUCAUCCAUAUCCGAAAACGAAAUGGAAACACAAACUAAUUUACAAACAAAGGUGAUUGUCAAUAUUAUCACGGACGUUGUGCCAAAUUCAUUGCUGCAACCGGAGCUUGUAUCCAUGUUCCGAACUCAGCUAAUACAAACAAAGGGGAAAAAUAAUCGAAAAAUACUUGCCACACUAGCUACCCUGCUAAGUGGAGAAACAUUGCAAGUAACUGCCGUGAAGAUAAAGAAAAACUCGUCGACUGCAAGACCCACAGUUCUGAUACGUGAUCAAGGAUCCGUCAACAAAUCAUUAGUAAAACAGAGUUCCAAUGAUUCUUUAAGCCCAACUAGCGUUAUAGCUAAUACACAUCAAGUUGAAACUACAAAUAGUCAAAGCAAAUUACAGCAAGGCCUUGAUCAAAAGCUUUCAGAAUCGGAAGACAACGGUGUGUAUCUCAAGCCAGUGAAGAAGCAACCUUCUCAAUCUUCAUCAAUACCAGCCUCACCGACCGUAGAUCAACUAAUUGGUUCUUUAAACCUGCAACGCUUUCGACCAGUAUUUAACGUAAUGGCCGAGUUGUUACAAAAAAAUAUAGUUAAUCGACAAGCGGAUAUAAAACAGAAUAUGGAUGAUCCCUCUGUAAGCAAGAAAAAUCAAACCAAUACGCUCUCAAUACAAAAUCAAUUAGACGAAAAGCCGGUUUACAUACCUUUACAAACAUCUGAACAACAUACUGUUUUUCAAACAAAUAGUACAAAACCUAAUUCCCAUGCAAUAAACCACUUUAAGUCAGACAUAACUAGUUCAAACAUCAAUCUCAAAAGGGUAGCAGCGUAUAGUCUUCACAUCAAUCCACCCGAUUUUCCAGAUGGAGCAAUCGACAGCUGGCUAAAACAGCAAAAUAGUAAUAGUUCACCAACUUCACCAACAUAUAUUGAAUCAGUAAGACCCCAUUUAGCCUAUGGAAACUCUGUGCUGAAUAAUGGAAUAUCAAUACGACCUGGCGAAAUUAUAAAUGCAAAUGCUGAUGUUAUUAUUGGCCGACCGAUCGGAAUAGGCCUGCAAUAUUUUCGUCGAAAUGUACUGUCCACAACACACAGCGACAAUGAUGUAUUAAUAGAAUAUGCAAACCAAACAAAUUAUAACGUGCCACCAUCAAAAAAAUCAACUUGGAUUCCACCACCAAUACCACUUUCUCUGACCCCACCACGCAUCACACCGGCCGGUGUGGUAAAUGGGGACUAUAAUCUGGACCGAAUGAAAACAAACCGAAAUCAGCACCGAUUGCAAGCACAUGAUUACAACCAUAUACUUCGGCCACCAGCAUCGCAAGCCGUUCACAGAUAUACGGAGUUCAGUACACCGUCAUCAUCAUCAGRAGCCAAGUUUAAAUUGCCAGGUAUCUACAAUAGAUCAAGCAAUAAUGACAAUGGUUACCUCUCUGAAUCACAGAAACUAAUUGGUAAUUUAAAUUCGGAGUUGCACAAUAAUGAAAUUUUGGAAAUAAAACAAAUACCUCAAAUAUUCGCUACACAAUUACCAACGACCAUGACAUAUUCAAUAUCUGACAAUAAUUAUUACAACAAAAUAUCAGCAAAGAUAUCUGCUCAUCAUCAUGUAAAUCUGAAGACAGAUGUUCUUAAUCACAAUGUCAACAUUAAUGUCCCACCGUUGACCUUUAAGAGGGAAAGUGAAAACAUUCCAUUUGCAACUGCUCUUCGGGGCCACAUUGCCACAUCCCCCAUUCCUCUUAUUAAAAUACCAUUGAAUAAAGCACACGUUGAGGUUGAACUCACACCUCAGAAUACGAGGCUAUCCAUUAACGUAGCUAAUACAGGCUAUAAUUCGAGCAUUAUAAAACCAAUAGGUAGUAUAUUUAAGCAACGUAAUCAUAACUUUUAUAAAAAUACUGAAAGCGCGACAAUAACUGUCCGAAAUGCAAAUAUUAGUAGCAAAACUAUCAGUUCCAGCAAACCGAUUAUAAUAGUAUCAUCCUUAUCGAAUAAAAAAAUUAUAGAUCAGAGUCAGAAUAAAUUGGAAAACACCAAUGACAAAUGGAAUUUUAGCGAAAUUUUUACAAAAUGGAACGUGCACUCAGAUUUAAGUCGCAUUGCUUCUAGCUCAAUCAAAUCAAAUAAACAAAAAUCGCAAAGCCUGGUAUAUCCAUAUCCCAUCUAUGAUGAGCGUACUACCCCUUAUGAGAGUGGAGAAUUAAAUUCAUAUCAAGAUCAAAAUGCUGACUAUACUACCUACAACUCGAACUAUCAUUUACAAAACGAAAAUAUUUCUGCGAAUUUUCAUGAACCACCAACUACUCGUGAUGUGGAAAGCUCUAGCACAGUAAAUACAUGGCUAUCGUUUACACCCUUUCAGACUAUCGGCUUGGGUCGCCCAAACCCCUCCGAAAACCCUAUUGGGUCCAAUCACAUCACCAAAGACUUGCAAUCCAGCUUGUAA